AUGCGACACAAACAGCAACUUCGCCCACGACUCACAAAGAAUGACCCUGUACGUGAGAGGCUAUCUAUUCCUUUCGACUUACUCAUGGACACCUUCGAUUUGCUACAACACUCACCUCUAACUAAAUCAGCACCAGAUAAGCUUUUCACAUUUUUUCGGUUACUUUUUCUUUUAUAUACUUCUUUACUCACCUUUUCCCAUUCAUACUGUUAUAAACGUUUCCCUUUCUUUCUUUCUUUCUUUCUUUCUUUCUUUCUUUCAACUUAUCACUUAUUCUUUUUGUUUGUUUGUUUCUUUCUUUCUCUCUUUUUUUCUUUCAACUUAACACUCUUUUAUUCCUUUUCUUUCUUUCUUCUUCCGAUUUAUCACUCCAUUCCUUCCUCCGCUCAUUUUUCUUUCUUUCUUUCUUUCUUUCUUGUUUCUUUCUUUCAACUUUCUAAUUUUUUUCUUUUCCUUCCUUCUUUUCUUUCUUUCUUUCUUUUUUAUUCAACAUUUCACUUUGUUCCAUUUGUUCAUUUUUUUCCUUUUCUUUUCUCUUUUGUCUUUUCUUUCUUCUUUCUUUCUUUCUUUCUUUCUUUCUUUCUUUCUUUCUUUCUUUCUUUCUUUCUUUUCUUGUAUUCCUUCUUUCAAUUUAUAAUUAUUGUCUUUUCCUUCCUUCUUUCCUUCCUCCAUUCCUUCCUCCGCUCCUUCUUUCUUUCUUCCUUUCUUUCUUUUAUUCUUUCUUUCAACUUAUAA